AUGUUAACAUUUUCAGACUAUAUGAUUGAGGACUCAAGGAGGAAAGCAGAACCAGCCUUUGGAGGUCAUGACCCACGUACAGCUGUUCAGCUUCGAAGCCUCAGCACAGUGUUGAAGCGCCUCAAAGAAAUCAUGGAAGGGAAAAGCCAGGACAGUGACCUGAAGCAGUACUGGAUGCCGGAUAGCCAGUGUAAAGAGUGCUACGAUUGCAGCGAAAAGUUUACGACCUUCAGGCGCAGACACCACUGCAGACUGUGUGGGCAGAUUUUCUGCAGCCGUUGUUGUAACCAGGAAAUCCCUGGCAAGUUUAUGGGCUAUACAGGAGACCUCCGAGCAUGCACAUACUGUAGAAAAAUAGCCUUAAGUUAUGCUCAUUCUACAGACAGUAAUUCCAUUGGGGAAGACUUGAAUGCCCUUUCAGAUUCAACUUGCUCUGUGUCUAUACUUGAUCCAAGUGAACCUCGGACACCUGUUGGGAGUAGAAAAGCCAGUCGUAACAUAUUUUUAGAGGAUGAUUUAGCCUGGCAAAGUUUGAUUCAUCCAGACUCCUCAAAUAGUGCUCUUUCAACGAGACUUGUAUCUGUUCAAGAGGAUGCAGGGAAAUCUCCUGCUCGAAACAGAUCAGCCAGCAUUACUAAUCUGUCACUGGAUCGAUCUGGUUCUCCUAUGGUUCCUUCAUAUGAGACUUCUGUUAGUCCCCAGGCUAACCGAACCUAUGUUAGGACAGAGACGGCUGAGGAUGAACGCAAAAUUCUUCUGGACAGUGUUCAGUUAAAGGAUCUGUGGAAAAAAAUCUGCCAUCACAACAGUGGGAUGGAAUUUCAGGAUCACCGUUACUGGUUGAGAACACAUCCCAACUGCAUCGUAGGAAAGGAAUUAGUCAACUGGCUAAUCAGAAAUGGACACAUCGCUACAAGGGCACAAGCUAUAGCAAUUGGACAAGCAAUGGUUGAUGGACGUUGGUUGGAUUGUGUCAGUCAUCAUGACCAGCUUUUCAGGGAUGAGUAUGCGCUGUAUAGACCACUGCAGAGUACAGAAUUUUCCGAAACACCUUCUCCAGACAGCGACUCAGUGAACUCUGUGGAAGGACACUCUGAACCGUCCUGGUUUAAAGACAUAAAGUUUGAUGAUAGUGACACCGAGCAGAUUGCCGAAGAAGGCGACGAUAACUUGGCUAAUUCUGCCAGUCCUAGCAAGCGCACCUCAGUCAGCAGUUUCCAGUCCACAGUGGACAGUGACUCAGCCGCUUCUAUCAGCCUGAACGUGGAGCUGGACAACGUGAACUUCCAUAUCAAGAAGCCCUCCAAGUACCCACAUGUGCCCCCUCACCCUGCUGACCAAAAAGAGUAUUUGGUUUCUGACACUGGAGGACAACAGCUCUCAAUAAGUGAUGCCUUCAUCAAAGAAUCCUUAUUUAAUCGACGAGUAGAGGAAAAAUCCAAAGAGCUGCCUUUCACCCCUUUGGGCUGGCAUCAUAACAACCUGGAGCUCUUGCGGGAGGAGAAUGAGGAGAAGCAAGCCAUGGAAAGGCUCCUUUCAGCUAAUCAUAACCAUAUGAUGGCACUACUCCAGCAGUUGCUUCAUAAUGAGUCAUUGUCAUCAUCUUGGAGGGAUAUCAUUGUGUCACUGGUCUGCCAGGUUGUUCAGACAGUCCGACCUGACGUCAAGCACCAGGACGAUGACAUGGAUAUCCGUCAGUUUGUCCACAUCAAGAAGAUCCCAGGUGGAAAGAAAUUUGAUUCUGUGGUUGUCAAUGGCUUUGUUUGUACCAAGAACAUUGCACAUAAAAAGAUGAAUUCUUGUAUUAAAAACCCCAAAAUCCUUCUGUUGAAGUGUUCCAUUGAGUAUCUUUAUAGAGAAGAAACUAAGUUCACUUGUAUCGAUCCUAUUGUGCUUCAGGAAAGAGAAUUCUUGAAGAAUUAUGUUCAACGAAUAGUUGAUGUUCGACCCACAUUGGUUCUAGUUGAGAAAACAGUGUCUCGGAUCGCUCAGGACAUGUUACUGGAACAUGGCAUUACUCUGGUCAUUAAUGUAAAGUCACAAGUUUUAGAACGAAUCAGUCGAAUGACCCAAGGUGAUUUAGUAGUGUCCAUGGACCAGCUGCUCACUAAACCACACCUGGGCACUUGCCACAAAUUUUAUAUGCAGAUAUUUCAGUUACCUAAUGAACAAACCAAAACAUUGAUGUUUUUUGAAGGCUGUCCACAGCACCUAGGAUGUACAAUCAAGCUCAGAGGAGGCUCUGAUUAUGAGCUGGCUCGAGUUAAGGAGAUCCUAAUAUUUAUGAUCUGUGUAGCUUAUCAUUCUCAACUAGAAAUCUCCUUUCUCAUGGAUGAGUUCGCUAUGCCUCCAACAUUAAUGCAAAGCCCUUCAUUCCAUUCUCUGACUGAGGGACGAGGGGACGAGGGAGGGCCUCAGGAGCAGUUCAGUGGCAUCUCCCUUCCCCAGGACCCAGAGUGCCCUCCUGAUUCUCUGUCUUCUGAUGAUAGCACUUUGUUGGAAUCAAGGACUGUGCUUGAGAAGGGUGAGCAGGACAGUAAAAGUGUUCCCCAGGCGGCUGCCUCUUUGAAGCAUCAAGAUUAUACGACGCCCACGUGCCCAGCAGGUAUUCCGUGUGCUCUCUUUGCGUUGGUACCUCACUCGUUGUUGCCUCUUCAUAUGGAUCAACAGGAUGCUGUAGGAAGUGAAGAGCCAGAGCCAUUGCAGCAAACAGAGGAGCGGCAGGAUCCCAAGAGCCAGAUGAGAGCCUUCAGAGACCCUCUGCAGGACGACACUGGAAUGUACGCUACUGAGGAAGUUACCUCCUCAGAAGAUACACGAAAGACUUACUCUUUGACAUUUAAGCAGGAGUUAAAAGAUGUGAUCCUCUGCAUUUCUCCAGUUAUUACGUUCCGGGAACCCUUCCUUUUAACUGAAAAGGGGAUGAGGUGCUCAACUCGGGAUUAUUUUCCAGAGCAGAUUUACUGGUCUCCUCUCCUCAACAAAGAGGUGAAGGAAAUGGAGAUCAGGAGGAAGAAACAGCUGCUCCGAGAUCUCUCUGGACUUCAGGGCAUGAAUGGCAGUGUUCAGGCCAAGUCUAUUCAAGUCUUACCCUCACAUGAGCUAGUGAGCACCCGGAUUGCUGAACAUCUGGGUGAUAGCCAGAGCUUGGGUAGAAUGCUGGCUGAUUAUCGAGCUAGAGGAGGAAGAAUUCAGUCAAAACAUUUGGACCCUUUUGUCCAUUCAAAAGAUGCAUCGUGUACGUCAAGUGGCAAAUCGGGAAACAAAACAGAGUGUGAUGAAGAGAGGGGGUUGAUUCCAAGUGAUGCCUUAUGGUCAACAAAGGUGGACUGUCUGAACCCUGCCAACCACCAGAGGCUCUGUGUGCUCUUCAGCAGCUCCUCGGCGCAGUCCAGCAACGCCCCCAGCGCCUGCGUCAGCCCUUGGAUUGUAACAAUGGAAUUUUAUGGAAAGAAUGAUCUUACACUGGGAAUAUUUUUAGAAAGAUACUGUUUCAGGUCCUCUUACCAGUGUCCUAGCAUGUUCUGUGAUACCCCCAUGGUGCAUCACAUUCGACGCUUUGUUCAUGGCCAAGGCUGUGUGCAGAUAAUCCUGAAGGAGUUGGAUUCUCCGGUGCCUGGAUAUCAACAUACAAUUCUCACAUACUCCUGGUGCAGAAUCUGCAAACAAGUAACACCAGUUGUUGCUCUUUCAAAUGAAUCCUGGUCUAUGUCAUUUGCAAAGUACCUUGAACUUCGGUUUUAUGGGCACCAGUACACACGCAGAGCCAAUGCUGAGCCGUGUGGUCACUCUAUCCAUCAUGAUUAUCACCAGUAUUUCUCCUAUAACCAGAUGGUGGCAUCUUUCAGCUAUUCUCCUAUUCGGCUUCUUGAAGUGUGUGUUCCACUCCCCAAAAUAUUUAUUAAGCGUCAAGCCCCGUUGAAAGUGUCCCUUCUCCAGGACCUCAAGGACUUUUUCCAGAAAGUUUCACAGGUAUACCUAGCUGUUGAUGAAAGACUUGCAUCCUUGAAAACGGAUACAUUUAGCAAAACAAGAGAAGAAAAAAUGGAAGAUAUCUUUGCACAAAAAGAGAUGGAGGAGGGUGAGUUCAAGAACUGGACUGAGAAGAUGCAAGCCAGGCUCAUGUCCUCCUCUGUGGAUACCCCUCAGCAACUACAGUCCAUCUUUGAGUCUCUCAUUGCCAAGAAGCAGAGUCUCUGUGAAGUGCUGCAAGCGUGGAACAGCAGGUUGCAGGACCUUUUCCAGCAGGAAAAAGGUAGAAAGAGGCCUUCGGUUCCUCCCAGUCCUGGGAGGCUGAGACAAGGAGAGGAGAGCAAGAUAAGUGCAAUGGACACAUCUCCAAGGAAUAUUUCUCCAGGACUUCACAAUGGAGAAAAAGAGGAUCGCUUCUUAACAACCCUGUCCAGCCAGAGCUCCACAAGCUCUACCCAUCUCCAGUUGCCCACUCCUCCUGAGGCCCUGGCCGAGCAGUCAAUGGGAGGGCCCUCUGACCUCGAUACAGCCAGUGGCUCUGAAGAUGUAUUUGAUGGGCAUUUGCUGGGAUCCACAGACAGCCAGGUGAAGGAAAAGUCAACCAUGAAAGCCAUCUUUGCUAAUUUGCUUCCAGGAAACAGCUAUAAUCCCAUUCCAUUUCCUUUUGAUCCAGAUAAACACUAUUUAAUGUAUGAACAUGAACGGGUGCCCAUUGCUGUCUGUGAGAAAGAACCCAGCUCCAUCAUUGCUUUUGCACUAAGUUGUAAAGAAUACCGAAAUGCCUUAGAGGAAUUGUCCAAAGCCACUGUGUGGAACAGUGCUGAAGAAGGGCUUCCGACAAACAGUGCUUUAGAUAACAGACCGAAGAGUAGCAGCCCAAUUAGAUUACCUGAAAUCAGUGGAGGACAGACAAACCGUACAGUAGACGGAGAACCUCAGCCAACUAAAAAAGCUUCAGGAAUGUUGUCCUUCUUCAGAGGAACGUCAGGGAAGAGCCCUGAUCUGUCUUCUCAGAAGAGGGAGACCUUACGUGGGGCUGACAGUGCUUACUACCAGGUCGGGCAGACCGGGAAAGAGGGGACGGAGGGCCAAGGCCUGGAACCUCAAGAUGAGGUAGAUGGAGGAGAUACUCAGAAGAAACAACUCACAAAUCCUCACGUGGAACUUCAAUUUUCAGAUGCAAACGCCAAGUUUUAUUGUCGGCUGUACUAUGCGGGAGAGUUCCAUAAGAUGCGCGAAGUGGUUCUGGGCAGCAGUGAGGAAGAUUUCAUCCGCUCGCUCUCUCACUCGUCACCCUGGCAGGCCCGGGGAGGCAAGUCAGGAGCUGCUUUCUACGCCACAGAAGAUGAUAGAUUCAUUUUGAAGCAAAUGCCUCGUCUGGAAGUCCAGUCUUUCCUUGACUUUGCUCCACACUACUUCAGUUAUAUCACAAAUGCUGUUCAACAGAAGAGGCCCACUGCUUUGGCCAAAAUUCUUGGAGUUUACAGAAUUGGUUAUAAGAACUCUCAAAACAACACUGAGAAGAAGUUAGAUCUCCUUGUCAUGGAAAAUCUUUUCUAUGGGAGAAAAAUGGCGCAGGUUUUUGAUUUGAAAGGUUCACUUAGGAAUCGAAAUGUAAAAACUGACACUGGGAAAGAGAGUUGUGAUGUAGUUCUGCUGGAUGAAAACCUCCUCAAGAUGGUUCGUGACAACCCUCUGUAUAUUCGUUCCCAUUCCAAAUCUGUGCUGAGAACCUCCAUCCAGAGUGACGCCCAUUUCCUUUCGAGCCACCUCAUUAUAGACUAUUCUUUGCUGGUUGGUCGAGAUGACACUAGCAAUGAGCUGGUAGUUGGGAUCAUAGAUUAUAUUCGAACAUUUACAUGGGACAAAAAGCUUGAGAUGGUUGUGAAGUCAACAGGAAUUUUAGGAGGACAAGGUAAAAUGCCAACUGUGGUCUCUCCAGAGUUGUAUAGGACUAGAUUUUGUGAAGCAAUGGACAAGUAUUUCCUGAUGGUGCCAGACCACUGGACAGGGUUGGAUCUGAAUUGCUGAAGUCAUGCAGAUGAUUUGAAAUAGACCGUGAAGGAAAGCAUAUCUGAGCAAGAGACUCAAACUGUAUGUUCAUAGACCACUGAAUGCAAAGGCCUUUCAGUUCUGUGACUAUCCAUAACUGCAGGGUAAAAGCUUCAUGGAUUGUGCUUUGCUUCUGUUACUAGAAAUUAGCUGCCUGUAAACCAGGAAACUAUACAUGUUAAAUACAGCUUCUUUCCAAGGGACUGUGGGUAGAGAUGAGUAUGUAGGAUAAGAAAUUGAGUUGUCGGGUUGGGAAUUUAGCUGAGUGGUAGAGCGCUUGCUAGGCCCUGGGUUCGGUCCUCAGCUCUGGUUUAAAAAAAAAAAAAAAAGAAAUUGGGUUGUCAUAUUUACUAACUCAGUUGCUUGAAGAAUAAAGCUCUGUCUGCUUUAUUCUGUGACUGGUAGACUGUGACUGACUGGUAGAUUGUGGCUGUCUUGGGGGACUGUGACUGUCUGGGAGAUUGUGACUGUCUGGGGGACUGUGACUGUCUGGGAGACUGUGACUGGUAGACUGAUUGGUAAAUUGUGUCUGUCUAAUAGAUUGUGACUAUCUAAUAGAUUGUGACUGUCAGGUGGACUGUGACUGAUAGAUUGUGACUGUCUGGUAAAUUGUGACUAUCUACUAGAUUGUGACUGGUAGAUUGUGAUUCUCUGGUAGAUUGUGGCUGUCUGACAUCACAUUUGACACUUUUUCCCUGAGAAGGCACUUAGAGACUUGCUUAGUUCAUUUUAUGUUUCCUGUGUAGUAACUUUACGUUUGUUCUUAAAAUUUCUGAAACAUUUAGGAAAAUUCUGAUUUAUUCUGUUAAUUGCCAAUUAAACAGAUUAGUGCUUGCUUUAUUAGGAAUUUGACUUAAACUGGGAAUCCUGUCACUCUGUGUUCUCCAGCUUACCUUGUUUUUAACUGUGUUUGAGGCUUUACCAUUCUCUAUUCUGCGGGUGAUAGGAGCCUACAACCAUUAGCUUUAAAGCCUUCCUUAGAACAUUUUAAGGAGCUUGUUUUGUGUAAUGUGCCAAACAGCACUUAAUCUGCAUGUGCAUUUAUUUGUAUUCUGGAUUUUCCUUUCAUUUUGGGGAAACCAAAUGAGCAGGAAAUGAAUCUUUAGUCACUGAAUCCCUAAGUGAAUAAUUAAUAAUGAAGAAUUUUUUAACAGUAAAAGAUAGAUUAGACCCAAUCCAAGAAACUGAGUGAGAAGGGACAAUUGUUUUCUGUUUUUUAUAGUGGUAAAGUAUCUUUCAACACUACUAGCAGGUUAAUGGAAUCUGUAAAGUCAGUGUGGAUAUUUUUAUUUCUAAGUUUCUGCCACACUGACCAGUGCUGCUGAGAAAUGCUGAGAGGUAAAGGACCUUGUUUACUAGUCAGAAAUCUCAUCCAAAAAGUGGCCAGAAGUCCUGAACUGUGAGGAGAUGCUUUUACCCCAGAAUCUCUGAACAUUUCAUCUUGGCUUUUAUGUAACAAGGAUAUUUGGACAUUUAUACGGCUGUGAUGAUUCCAUUUUUUCAGACUUCCUCUAAUAGCACAUCAAUAUUCACAGAAAAAAAGAGGCUGGAUAUAUUCUGCUACGUGGGACAGUCUGCACCUGAACUAGGCACAGGUUUGGCAUGUGUGCUGUGGCACGUGUGCUGUGGUGAAUAAUGUCUGUUGCUUAUUGAGAGCAUGACUGGUUUUGAACUCAUUGCCAGUUGAACAAGGGCUUAGAUCUGCCUGCUGUUGAGCCUCAGCCUCCUCAUCAGCCUUGCAUCUGUGCCUUGUGAAGGUGGAGCAAACACUGAAGAGUCCAGUUGUGAUGUGAAAGGUGCAUGAACACUCACGUUCUGUGCCUCCAGGAACAAAGGCUUUCAAGUCAGCUUUGGAAUACCGGCUGUUUUGUCUCUGGUCAUUCUUCCUGUCCGGUUGGCUAGGGCUGUAUGUCCUCCUCACUUCCUGUGGGAAUAGAGCAAUGCCUUUCCCUGCUGUGUGUGGGUUGUUUCUGUUUUCCUUGUUGGUUUCAGUACAGUGCUCAUAGCUGAGCUCCAGGACAGUAGUAACCCCUGACAGUAACAUGGUGUGGCCAUUCUCUCUUGCCCCUGACUUGAAAAGCAAUUUUGCUUUUUAAAGUAUUGUUGCCUCUGGUAUUUUGGUAACUAAACUUUCUGAAACAAGAAUUAUUGCUUUGAAAGCUCGACUUGUCCUUUUAAAAUCAAUGUCAAGCUGGUGUCAAUGAAGGGGAAAUGCACAAGCGAACUAUUUACGAGGUCCAAGUGUGACUCCUGGCUGCUUGCAUUUAGCCACUACCAUGUAUAUGUUUGUAUAUAUAGUAUUUUGAAUGCUUUGAAUUGAAUGGCUCUUGUCCUCUUAGACUCCCUUUCAUGGCCUAAAGAAUAUUAAUGUUGAAAAGUUGUGAAUCAGGAAGAAAUCUCAUGCUCAGAAUAUGAAUUCCAAAGUGAGAGAAUUAUGUCAACAUGUUGCUUUGUAUAUGAAUCUUAUUUAUAAAUAGGAAGCUUUUUGAUGACAUAAAAUUUUGUUUAACAAACAGAAGAGUCUUAAUUGUCCUAUGUGCCUGAGGGAAGAAAGGAGAACUCCCCGAGGUGAGCCCUUUUGUAGUCUACUGAGUACUUUCUAGUCUCAGGCUUUCCUGCGGAGUGUCUGGGCAGUGGUUUUCUAGCUUUGGCAUCUGUGUCAAUAAUAGGGUCAUUUAUACCGCCAUUGGCUUGGGCGGCAGCUUUGUGGCUGGGGUUUCCUGGCACAUUAGCCAUUGGCAGUGGAAUGCCAAGGAGGGUUAUCAGCCUGCAGAAAGCCAGCUGAGUUUCAAGUGUGAAAACCAUUGCCAGUGAGCCUGGGGAAGUCUGACUAGGACACUCCAGCUCUCAAUGUGACUUAUGCAGUAUUCAAAACAUCUAGUGCAAUGCCUUUUUUGUUGUUGUUGCUGUUUUUGUAAUGGGUGCAGUGUAUUAUAGAAAAAAAUGAGAAUUACAAUCACGAGCAGUUUUGUUAAUGCUGCUUUGUCAGUUUUGUAAAAAAGUGUACAUAAUGUCUUUAACAGGUUUUAAACUAGAGGAAAUAACAUUGUAAAUCACAGUAGCCUCCUACUUUAAUAUGAAAAACAAUAUUAAAGGUACUUAAUGUAUUGAAAUGUAUAUAUUUCUCUAACUUUGUUUCCAGCUGUUUUAUAUGAUUGACAUGUUAUUUAAAGAUAACUACCCUAGCCUUUUAGAGACUUGUACUGUAAGUAAAGAAGACCUACAAUAAACUGGAAUUUACUUAC